AUGGGCUCCGCGGUCUGGUGGCUGACUGCGGCCGCCGCCAUUAUUACUUUAGCAAGGACAACGGCUCUUGAGGGACCGAACAUAUGCACCCGGCAAGAAACGUACAAGAUCACGGUGAAAGUGUCCGAACAGAAACCCUACACUAUCAGAGAGAACACGUGGUGCUUCAGCUUCCCACCGAGAUGUUCCAAGUACAAAGUCGUCUACCGAACGGUCUUCAAGGAGCAGGAAUUGACGAAACAAAGGCCCGUGGAAGAAUGCUGCAAAGGCUAUACGGAAACCACAAGCGGCGACCGUUGCAUUCCUGUCUGUUCCGAGGAUUGCCGCCACGGUACUUGCAUCGCGCCUGAUGUCUGCAAGUGCGAGUCGGGCUACGGCGGGCCUUUGUGCGAUUUUAAAUGUCCGCUGGGUAAAUGGGGCAGAGAUUGCGAGAUGGAUUGCAAGUGCCAGAACGGGGCCACUUGCGACCCGUUCGACGGCAAGUGUAUCUGCACGAGGGGCUGGACCGGCGUGUACUGCGAUCAGAAGUGUCCCUCUGACCGCUAUGGACAGGAUUGCGCCGAAGAAUGUCGUUGCAGAAACGGUGGCAGCUGCCACCACAUCUCCGGAGAGUGUCAUUGCGCCCCCGGCUACACUGGACCACUAUGCGAUGAUUUGUGUCCGGAGGGCAAACACGGCGAGGAAUGCAAGUCGGAGUGCCAGUGUCAGAACGGCGGUUCCUGCAGUCCCAAGACUGGCGAGUGCUAUUGCACGCCCGGCUGGACGGGUUCGGUGUGCGCGAAUCGAUGCCCGGAGGGUUUCUGGGGCAAGAACUGCUCUCAAACCUGCGACUGCUACAACAGAGCCGGUUGCGAUCACAUCUCCGGCGAGUGCCAGUGUAAACCGGGAUACUACGGCGACAAAUGCCUGAAAAUCUGUCCCGAGGGUACGUUCGGGCUGAACUGCACGUUCAACUGUACCUGCGAGAACGGUGGCACCUGCGACCCCGUCAAUGGUACCUGCAUGUGCGACAAUGGCUGGACAGGGGAGACCUGCAACCAGCGCAAGUGCGAGGAUGAUUUAUACGGACCCAGUUGUGAAAAGGUUUGCGAGUGCGAGAGCGAGAAUACGGAGCUGUGUCAUCCCUGGACGGGAGAGUGCUCCUGCAAGACUGGCUGGGACGGUGAGACAUGCGCGAGGCCCUGUCCCUUUUACACGUACGGUAAGGGCUGCCAGAAUCGCUGCAACUGCAAGAACAACGCGCAAUGCUCGCCCAUGGACGGCACUUGCAUCUGCGCGGCUGGAUACCGUGGGAAGGAUUGCGGCGAGUUGUGCCCCGUGAACACCUUCGGCGAGGAUUGCGCGCAGGAAUGCGCCUGCAAGAACGGAGCUAGCUGCUCGCCUGAGAACGGACGUUGCAAUUGCACAGCUGGAUGGGUCGGCGUGCUGUGCGACCGUCCGUGCGACGACAAGUCCUACGGCAAGGAUUGCGAGAGCAAGUGCAAGUGCUUUAACAAUGCGGCCUGCAAUCCACAGAAUGGCACGUGCACGUGUGCGGCUGGCUUCACCGGCGCACUCUGUCAGGAUCGUUGUAAAAAGGGCUUCUUCGGGAUCGAGUGCAAUCAGACUUGUGACUGCGACGACGAGAACACCGUGGACUGCGACUCUGCUACCGGGUACUGCAAUUGCAAGCCAGAAUGGCGAGGAAUUCGAUGCGAAACAAAGUGCCCGGAGGGUCUUUACGGCGUCGAUUGUCACUCGCAUUGCGAAUGCAUGAACAAUAGUUCGUGUGACCCCACGACCGGAAGUUGCGUCUGCGCCAGGGGUUGGGAAGGUGCCGAUUGCUCGCAGCCCUGCAAGGAAGGAUGGUACGGGCUGGGCUGCAAGGAGAAAUGCCCGGAGAAAAUGAACGGAAACAUGACUUGCGAUCAUGUCACCGGCGAGUACGUCUGCCGCCCGGGAUAUCUGGGUCUAACUUGCGAGCAUCCGUGUCCCCCUAAUCGUUACGGUCUGAACUGCGCGAGUCACUGUCACUGCAAAAAUGGUGGAGAGUGUCACCAUGUAACAGGUGUGUGCCAGUGCCGACCCGGUUGGCAAGGAGAAUAUUGUCAGACACCAUGUGCGGAAGGCACAUAUGGUGUAAACUGCACGCAACACUGCAAAUGUCAGAAUGGUGGAAAGUGCCGAUCCAAUGACGGUCAUUGUCGAUGCACGGCGGGGUGGACUGGAACUAGAUGUAGUGAAAUUUGCCCGGAGGGAUACUACGGCGACCACUGCAUGGAACCUUGCGAAUGCAAGAACGACUACUUUACGUGUCAUCCGGUCGAGGGCUGUAUUUGCAGACAUGGGUAUACAGGUGCAUAG